CUAAUAUUAUGAUUUAAGGAUAAGAAGAAAGAUGGCAAUUACAGAUCAGAGAGAUGGAGAAUGAGAGACGUCAAGACAACAAGGCACAGAGCAGAUGACGAAUCAUAGAGUGGUACGGGGUUGGUAUCGGAGCUAGUCCCCAACUGGACUAGUGUAUCGUGAACCCCGUAUCGCUUAUCGGUCUAAUCUUUUUUUCUACAGUCUUUUUCUUUUUUUUCUCUGCUGGACUAAUGGAGGGGCUGAUUGCUUGUAUAUCAACGUUGACCUUCUGUGCACACUUUUAGUGUCGACUUUUCAUGACUUAAUAUAGUCACUUAUUAUAGACUAGCUUUCUCGCCAAUUGUCUCGCCACCACAUUUACCUCCAAAAACAAUGGAUCCCUAUGACAGCGACUCGUCGGGGUUUGAAGAUGAGGACUUCACAGAGACCAGUGUGCUGUUGGGAUACGCGUCGGAGGAACUGUUAGAUGACUCGAUUAGUCACCUCGGAGGCUGGCCAACAUGGCUGGACGACUCUACCCCGCCCCCAGGCGAGUUCGCCAAUUGCAAAGUCUGCAAUAGUCCUAUGAUCCUCCUCCUCGAACUGCACGGUGACCUUCCCGAACACUUCCCGGAUGAUGAGCGACGAUUGUAUAUCUUCGGUUGCCCCAGAAAGCCCUGCAACCGCAAGCCAGGCAGUAUCAGAGCCCUGCGCGCUACACGGAAGUUGAAGAGCCAGCCAGCGCCUAAGAAGGAGGAAAAGCAGGAAUCGGAGAAGGAGAAAGAAGAGCAAAAGAAGCAGGCUGAGGCUCCUAAGCCGGAUCUUGGAGCAAGUCUUUUCGGGGCGACCUCUCUCACUGGGAGCGUGUCUGCGAGCCAGAACCCUUUCUCGACCAGUUCGUCCUCCGCACAAGCCAGCAACCCGUUCGCUUCCCCUCUUGCAGCACCCCAACCUGCCAAACCAGCUGCCCCAUCAAACCCGUCCGGAAAUUCCCUUUCCGAAUCCUUUGCAGACAAAGUUCGUGUUUCCUCCCCGCCCCCGACCAUCAAGCCACCCGAGGCCACCGACCCCGCUGCACCUUGGCCGCCGCAGUCCGACUUCCCCUCACCGUACAAACGGUACUAUUUAGAUGCGGAGUACGAAACACUUUCUCGUCCCCCUACCCCGAAAAUUCCCGAUAACGUUGUUAUCGAUAACACCGAAGAUGAUGUCAAUGGUGGCUCGGGCGCGGACCUGAAGGAUGCUCUUGAGUCUGAACUGGACAAAGUCUUCAUGAAAUUCUCGACCCGUCUCGGACAUAACCCUGAGCAGAUUUUACGAUAUGAAUUCCGGGGCUCCCCCCUCCUCUACUCUCACACCGAUGCCGUCGGAAAGCUUCUUUACGACCCCAAGAACCCACCCUUGGGCGCUAAGGUGACUACUACUGGUGGCCCGACCCGCAUGCCACGCUGUGAAUACUGUGGUAGCCAGCGUGUUUUCGAGCUGCAGCUCGUGCCUCACGCCAUCAGCAUGCUGGAGGACGGUCGUGAGGGGGUUGGACUAGGCCCCAAGGACGAUGGCAUGGAAUGGGGAACCAUCAUUCUUGGUGUCUGCAGCAAGGACUGUGGCCCGGAGAAAAUUGGGGCAGUCGGUUGGCGUGAGGAGUGGGCGGGAGUGCAGUGGGAAGAAUCGAAAUAAACGUACAGGCUCAUGACUGAUGUUCUAUAAUGCUUAUGACCGCAUAGACAAAAAUCGACUCAAGUUGAAAAGUUCACAUCUUUUUCUCGUGUAAUGUAUUCUAUCC